AUGGAUUACUCCCGACCCAUAAGGGUUGAUCAAAGAUACACCCAAGGAGAGAUGCGAGAACUCAACCCCGUGCGGGACACUUUCUUCAGGAUGAACCGCGAACCAGUCAAAAGACCAAUGUCGGUUGCGACCGAGUUUGUAGACACUGAUUGGGAGGAGGAUGGCUUCCUGACCGAUUUCGAAGAGCCUCUGCCAAACUCGAGCCAUUUCGAUAACUCUCCUCGCGCCAGCUUGCACUCGGUUGGGCGCGGUAACAAUAUCCUGACCCUCUCACCAAUCACGCCCUCCACGGUGAAGGACUCCAACUACCUCCGUGCGAUUGACGACUCCGCCCUUCACUCUCCCAACACUGAACUCGCGAGCAUUCUCGCGCAGACUUCCCGCGAGUCGAUGAUCAAUGCUGGAGUCGAAUUCUCUGUCGCCCAGGCCUUUAUCGACAACGACAUCAACGGCGCCAUCCUCAUGACACUAAAGUUUGAGGAUCUUAAAGAGCUCCAGAUUCAAUCCUUUGGCGUUCGCAUCAAGAUCUGGAACCAGAUCCAAGUUCUCCGGGACUGCAAGACCGCAUCACCUCUGCCCCCACUCCAAUUGAGGACAUUCCCAGCCGCGACAUCUGCAAAACUCCCGCCGAUAGCGUCAACAGGGGCCAGGGAGGCCUGCUCCAAGUUUAGGAAGCAGAGGCGCCUCAUUGAGGCCUUCAAGAUGGAGCAUCCUCUCGCUACCCUAGACAAUGGCGUCCUUAUUGCUGGCAACCCUGGCAACCCCGAGACUGCUAACCGUAUUGACACGGACGACUUCCGUCCGGUCUCCGACGCCGUUCCUUCCAUUGUUGCGUCCUCGGACAUUAUGGGCACUGGCGGGCUCCCGGCUCUUCAGUAUCUCCGCCAGGCCACUCAGUCCCCCGAAACAAGGCUCUCCGGACCAUCCGAGGCUAGUCCCGAAGGGCACCCCUUUUCAGAAAUGGAUGUGCCUUACAUCUCCAUGCCCAUUGAUCCUCUCGCACGAGAUGUGUCUCAGUCCGUGCCCCCAGAUAUGAACUACAGGGCACCGGCGCGGAGCAUGUCUCGAGCCUCCUCAAGGCGACCCUCCUUCCCCGUCAUGCCGGCGGUCGAUGAGAACAGAGCGACCGCUCCUCUACGACAGGGAUCCAAGACACCUUCUCCUACGCUAAGGUCUGAACAGAAGCCUCUCCGAGCGCCCCCUAGGGUCAACUACCCAUGGUCGCCUAUCGAGCGAACAAAACCGUUCGAGACCGCCAUCCCUCCUUUCCCAACCAUGGUGUCUCACGCCAUGCCAGUCAAGGAGGCUGUUCGCUCCAAUACCAUGGAUGGCACCACUUACCAAGGCCCGAUGAAGAAGCGCAAGACGCACUUCCUCCGGCACGAAUGGCAGGAUGGCUACUUCACCCUAAAGGGAACGAGGCUUGCCAUGCACAAGGAUGCGCAAGAAAUAGAUCGCACUCUAGAGUAUGUCGAUAUUGACGACUAUGCUAUUGCCUGCUCCAGUUAUGCAUCCCAAUCAAAGCUCAGCGCCGCUCUCAAAACUAUGCACAUCCGUCAGGGCAAGACCGACAAGGCUGACGUUGCGGCAUUUGCCUUCCAACUCGUCCCCCAAGAUAAGCAGCACAUGGGCAGGUUGAAGAAGAGGGAGAGUGUUCAACCCUCCAAUCCCAUCGAAGGCACCAACGGUACUGGCAAAACUCACCACUUCGCCGUCAAGGGCCGUGAAGAGCGCAUUGACUGGAUGCGAGAGCUCAUGCUCGCCAAGGCUUUGAAGCAGAAGGGCGAGGGCUUCCAGAUCAGCGUCAAUGGAAGCAUGAUUUGA